CGGAAGGGAAAUUGUUUGUAAUGGGAGUGCCUUGGAAAAUGUUUUCAAGAACUGAAUGUCCGCUUGAGGUCUCACUUUUGAGAGAGAGAUAUAGAGAACACUGAUGUGUAGAGAGCAGGAACUGGGAGUAAGAGUAGGGUAGAAUUCACACGGAAUAUUCAGCUGUACAUUUCGUUGGAUAUAUGUUUUCAUAAUAAUUAUUGCGACGUGGACAAUAUUUCCCAUGUUUCAGAUGUGAUCGUGUUUUCAUCACAUCACUGCCCCCGGUGUCCAGUGAGUGACAACUACAGUGGAUUUUAUUUAACAACGCUCGAACAGCCUUCAGCCUUCACUUUCGAGGUUUUGGAGUCGAUCAAUUAAUUUAAUUAGAAAAUACAUUCUCAACAUGGCUACGGAUCAAGAAAAGAAUAAACAGAUUUUGUUAAAGCUGUUGGAGAGACCAGGGAACGGGAGCUGUGUGGAUUGCGGAGCUGCAGACCCGGAGUGGGCGUCCUACACCCUGGGUGUGUUUGUGUGUCAGAGCUGCUCGGGUCUCCAUAGAAACAUCUCCCAGAUCAGCAAAGUCAAGUCUGUCCUGCUGGACCCAUGGAGUGAUGCAGAGGUAGAGUUUAUGGCGUCCAACGGCAACGAUGCUGCUAAAGCCAAAUAUGAACAGAAGGUGCCUGUUUUCUACUACCGUCCCACACACACAGACUGCCAGCUCCUUCGGGAACAGUGGAUCAGAGCCAGAUACGAGAGGAAGGAGUUUGUGUGUGUGGAGAGACAGGAGCCUUACUCUGCAGGGUACCGAGAGGGGUUUCUAUGGAAACGGGGCCGAGAUAACGGACAGUUCCUGAGCCGAAAAUGUAUUCUGUCAGAGCGGGAUGGUGCUCUGAAGUACUUCAACAAGCAUGAUGCCAGAGAGCCCAAGGCUCUGAUGAAGAUCCACACCCUGAACGCCUCCUUCCAGCCUGGGAAGAUAGGCCAGCCCCACGGCCUGCAGGUCACCUAUCUGAAGGACAACAGCACUAGGAACAUCUUUGUCUACCACAAGGAUGGCAAGGAAAUGGUGGACUGGUUCAACGCCAUCAGAGCAGCCAGAUUUCACUACCUACAGGUCGCUUUCCCUGGGGCCCACCACGCUGAUUUGGUGCCAAAGCUAACACGAAACUACAUCAAGGAAGGCUACAUGGAGAAGACGGGUCCAAAGCACACAGAGGGCUUCAAGAAGAGAUGGUUCACUAUGGAUGACAGGAGACUCAUGUACUUCAAGGGUCCUCUGGAUGCCUAUGCGCGCGGUGAGGUGUUCAUUGGUAGUAAGGAGAACAGCUACACUGUGCUCCCCGGCCUUCCCCCAUCCACCCAGGGCUACCACUGGCAGUUUGGCAUCACCAUAGUAACGCCCGACAGGAAGUUCCUGUUUACGUGCGAGACCGAGGAGGAGCAGCAGGAUUGGAUGGCUGCCUUUCAGGGUUUGGUGAAUCGACCUAUGCUGCCCCAGGAAUAUGCAGUGGAGGCCAACUUUAAGCACAAGCCCUGAGAAGAGGAGGACAAUAAGGAAAAAGAGGGAGGCUGGACAUAUCCCCUGGAUGAAGACAGACAAAUAGGAUCCUUCUCCUCCUCAUAAGGAGAAAAAUAUAUAUACAGUUAAGGAUAAACCACACAGAGCAGUAAAAGAGGAGGGAGAGAGGACUACAGUGUGGUGUUACUGUCCUGUUGCCAUACUCCUCUACUCCGCCUUACCCCAAAUCCUGCCCAUAUAUAAGGAACAAAAAUAUAAACGCAACAGGCAACAAUUUCAACGAUUUUACAGAGAUCAUUAGUCAAUUGAAAUAAAUAAAUUAGGCCCUAAUCUAUGGAUUUCAUGACUGGGCAGGGGCGCAGCCAUGGGAGGCCUGGGAGGGCACAGGCCCACCCACUUGGGAGCCCAGCCAAUCAGAAUUUGUUUUUCCCCACAAAAGGGCUUUAUUACAGACAGAAAUACUCCUCCAUUUCAUCACCCGCAGGUGAAAAAGACGGAUGUGGAGGUCCUGGGCUGGCGUGGUUGUGAGGCUGGUUGGACAUACUGGCAAAUUCUCUAAAACAACGUUGGAGAUGGCUUAUGGUAGAGAAAUGAACAUUCAAUUCACUGGCAACAGCUCUGGUGGACGUUCCUGCAGUUAACAUGCCAAUUGCAUGGUCCCUUAAAACUUGAGACAUCUGUGCCAUUGUGUUGUGUGAGAAAAGUGCACAUUUUAGAUUGGCCUUUUAUUGUCCCCAGCACAAGGUGCCCCUGUGUAAUGAUCAUGCUGUUUAACCAUCUUCUUUAUAUCCCACACCUGUCAGGUGGAUGGAUUAUCUUGGCAAAGGAGAAAUGCUCACUAACAGGGAUGUUAGCAAAUGUGUGCACAAAAUUGGAGAGAAAUAAGCUUUCUGUUCAUAUGGAACAGUUCUGGGAUCUUUUAUUUCAGCUCAUGAAACAUGGGACCAUAUUGCAUUUAUAUUUUUGUUCAGUAUAGUUGGAAAGAGAGCCCAGAAUUAUGUUGACUGUAACGGUCCUGACCUGUUUUAUGUUGUUUUUGUAUGUGUUUAUGGUCAGGGCGUGUGUUUUGGGUGGGCAGUCUAUGUUUUCUGUUUCUAUGUUGGUUUUGGUUGCCUGGUAUGGCUCUUAAUUAGAGGCAGGUGUUUUGCGUUCUCCUCUAAUUAAGAGUCAUAUUUAGGUAGGGUGUUCUCACUGUUUGUUUGUGGGUGAUUGUCUUCCGUAUCUGUGUUAUGUCUUGCACCAUACGGGACUGUUCGGUUGUUCGUUUCGUUUCGAUGUAGUCUGUUCCUGUCCGUGAGUUUUACGUUUUAGUUUAGUAAGUUCAUGUUCAGGUUUUUUCGUCUACGUCGUUUUCUUGUUUUGUAAUUUUGAAAGUGUUUUGUUUUUCGUGUUGCCAUCGUCGUUAAUAAUAAAAAGAUGGCUUAUUUCCUGAAUGCUGCAUUUUGGUCUGAUGAUCCUUCUCUCCUCUCCUCGUCCGAGGAAGAGGAGAACGACAGCCCUUACAGAAUCACCCACCAAACGAGGACCAAGCGGCAAGGGAAUGCUCAACAGAGCAACAAGGACUCCUGGACUUGGGAGGAGAUCCUGGACGGUAGAGGACCUUGGGCUCAGCCAGGGGAAUAUCGCCGUCCCAAGGAGGAGUUGGAAGCAGCGAAGGCUGAGAGGCGCUGGUAUGAGGAGGCAGCGCGGCGACGCGGUUGGGAGCCCGUGAGUCAGACCCAAAAAUUUCUUGGGGGGGGGGGCACACGAGGAGUGUGGUAAAGCCGGGUAGGAUACCCGAGCCAACUCCCCGUGCUUACCGUGGAGGUAGAAGGCGUCGUACUGGUAAGACACCGUGUUAUGCGGUAAAGCGCACGGUGUCCCCAGUACGCGUGCUUAGCCCAGUGCGGGCUAUUCCACCUUGCCGCACUGGGAGGGCUAAGUUGGGCAUCGAGCUGGAUGUCAUGAAGCCGGCCCAACGCAUCUGGCCACCAGUGCGUCUCCUCGGGCCGGCAUACAUGGCACCAGCCUUACGAAUGGUGUCCCCGGUUUGCCAGUAUAGCCCAGUGCGGGCUAUUCCACCUCGCCGCACUGGCAGGGCUACGGGCACCAUUCAACCUGGUAAGGUUGGGCAGGCUCGGUGCUCAAGAGCACGUGUCCUCCUUCACGGUCCGGUAGACCCGGUGCCACCUCCAUGUAUCAGUCCUCCGGUGGCAGCCCCCCGUACCAGGCUGUCUCUCCGGGUUCUCUCUCCAGCUGUUUCCUCCUCUCCAGCGCAGCCAGUGCCUAUACCACGCACCAGGCUGUCUCUCCUUCUCCUUCCUACAGAGCCGUCCUGCUAUGACCUGCCAGAGCCGUCCUGCUAUGACCUGCCAGAGCCGUCCUGCUAUGACCUGCCAGAGCCGUCCAGCCGGGACCUGCCGGAGCCGUCCAGCCGGGACCUGCCGGAGCCGUCCAGCUGGGACCUGCCGGAGCCGUCCAGCCGGGACCUGCCGGAGUCCCUCAGCCGGGACCUGCCGGAGUCCCUCAGCCGGGACCUGCCGGAGUCCCUCAGCCGGGAUCUGCCAGAGUCCCUCAGCCGGGAUCUGCCCCUUGUCCCGGUGCUGCCCCUUGUCCCGGUGCUGCCCCUUGUCCCGGUGCUGCCCCUUGUCCCGGUGCUGCCCUUUGUCCCGGUGCUGCCCCUUAUCCCGGUGCUGCCCCUUAUCCCGGUGCUGCCCCUUGUCCCGGUGCUGCCCCUUGUCCCGGUGCUGCCCCUUGUCCCGGUGCUGCCCCUUGUCCCGGUGCUACCCCUUGUCCCGGUGCUACCCCUUGUCCCGGUGCUGCCCUUUCUCCCGGUGCUGCCCCUUCUCCCGGUGCUGGCCGUUCAUUUAGGGGAUGUUAGUUUUAGGGUGGUCAUUGGGAGGGGAAGACAGAAGCGGGGAGUGACUAUGGUGGUGUGGGGACAGCGUCCAGAGCCUGAGCCACCACCGUGGUCAACUGACCACCCAGACCCUCCCCUGGACUUUGUGCUGGUGCGCCCGGCGUUCGCACCUUGAGGGGGGGGUUCUGUAACGGUCCUGACCUGUUUUAUGUUUAUUUUGUAUGUGUUUAUGGUCAGGGCGUGUGUUUUGGGUGGGCAGUCUAUGUUUUCUGUUUCUAUGUUGGUUUUGGUUGCCUGGUAUGGCUCUUAAUUAGAGGCAGGUGUUUUGCGUUCUCCUCUAAUUAAGAGUCAUAUUUAGGUAGGGUGUUCUCACUGUUUGUUUGUGGGUGAUUGUCUUCCGUAUCUGUGUUAUGUCUUGCACCAUACGGGACUGUUCGGUUGUUCGUUUCGUUUCGAUGUAGUCUGUUCCUGUCCGUGAGUUUUACGUUUUAGUUUAGUAAGUUCAUGUUCAGGUUUUUUCGUCUACGUCGUUUUCUUGUUUUGUAAUUUUGAAAGUGUUUUGUUUUUCGUGUUGCCAUCGUCGUUAAUAAUAAAAAGAUGGCUUAUUUCCCGAAUGCUGCAUUUUGGUCUGAUGAUCCUUCUCUCCUCUCCUCGUCCGAGGAAGAGGAGAACGACAGCCCUUAGAUUGACCUCCUUAACUCAUAGGAAGUCCCACCAAGUUGACUACAUACCCUUUGUCACGUUCCUGACCUAUUUAUGUUAGUUUGUUAUGUGUGUUAGUUGGUCAGGACGUGAGGUUGGGUGGGCAUUCUAUGUUUUCUGUUUCUGUGUUGGUUUUGGGUUGCCUGGUAUGGCUCUUAAUUAGAAGCAGGUGUUUGGCGUUCCUCUAAUUAAGAGUCAUAUUUAGGUAGGCGUUGUCACAGUGUUCGUUGUGGGUGAUUGUCUUCCGUGUCUGUGUAAUUCGUGCGUUCUUCUUGUUUUGAUGUAAGUUCGUCGUAUAGGUCUGUCUACACCGUUUUGUUGUUUUGUUAGUUUAUACAAGUUCGUGUCUAUGUUAAACGUUUGUAGCCUGUGUGUGCACAUCGUUUAUUUAGGUUCACGAUCGUUUUCUUGUUUUGUUAAAUAAAUAUGUGUUCAAACUUCGCUGCGCCUUGGUUCCCUCAAUACUCCUCCUCUUCCGAAGAUGAAGAGGAGGAGGACCCCCGUUACAGAAUCACCCACCAAAUCUCCAGAACCAAGCAGCGGAGUAAAUGGAGUAAGGGACAGGAAAAGAAGGAGGAAUGGACUUGGGACGAUAUAUUGGACGGGAAAGGUUGCUACACAUGGGAGGAGAUCCUGGCUGGUAGGGAUCGCCUCCCAUGGGAACAGCUGGAGGCACUGAGGAGAGCAGAGGCUACCGGAGAGAGGAACCGGAGUUAUGAGGGGACGCGUCUUGCACGGAAGCCCAAAAAGCCCGUGAGUAACACCCAAAAAUUUCUUGGGGGGGGUGCUAAGAGGUAGUGGGCCUAGGGCAGGUAGGAGACCUGCGCCCACUUCCCAGGCUUACCGUGGAGAGCGGGAGUACGGGCAGGCGCCGUGUUACGCAGUAGAGCGCACGGUGUCUCCUGUACGAGUGCAUAGCCCAGUGCGGGUUAUUCCACCUCCCCGCACUGGUAGGGCUAGAUUGGGUAUUGAGCCAGGUGUCAUGAGGCCGGCUCAACGCGUCUGGUCUCCAGUGCGUCUCCUCGGGCCGGCAUACAUGGCACCUGCCUUACGCAUGGUUUCCCCGGUUCGCCUACAUAGGCCGGUGCGGGUUAUUCCACCUCCCCGCACUGGUUGGGCGACCGGGAGCAUUCAACCAGGUAAGGUUGGGCAGGCUCAAUGCUCAAGAGUGCCAGUACGCCUCCACGGUCCGGUAUUUCCAGCGCUACCUCCCCGCCCCAGCCUAGUACCUAAAGUGCCUACACUACGCACUAGGCUACCAGUGCGUCUCCUGAGCCCAGUUCCUCCUCCACGCACUCUCCCUGUAGUGCGUGUAUCCAGUUCGGUGCCUCCUGUUCCGGCACCACGCACCAGGUCUACAGUGCGCCUUAUCCGGCCAGAGCCAUCCGUCUCACCAGCGCCAUCUGAGCCAUCCGUCUCCCCAGCGCCAUCUGAGCCAUCCGUCUCCCCAGCGCCAUCUGAGCCAUCCGUCUCCCCAGCGCCGUCUGAGCCAUCCGCCAUGAGCCUGCAAAGCCGCCCGUCUGCCAUGAGCCUGCAAAGCCGCCCGUCUGCCAUGAGCCUACAGAGCCGUCCGCCAGACAGGAGCCGCUAGAGCCGCCCGCCAGACAGGAGCCGCUAGAGCCGCCCGUCAGACAGGAUCUGCCAGAGCCGCCAACCAGACAGGAUCUGCCAGAGCCGCCAACCAGACAGGAUCUGCCAGAGCCGCCAACCAGACAGGAUCUGCCAGAGCCGCCAACCAGACAGGAUCUGCCAGAGCCGCCAGCCAGCCAUGAGCGUCGAGAGCCGCCAGCCAGCCAUGAGCGUCGAGAGCCGUCAGCCUGCCAUGAGCGUCGAGAGCCGUCAGCCAGCCAUGAGCGUCGAGAGCCGUCAGCCUGCCAUGAGCGUCCAGAUUCGUCAGUCAGCCAGGAGCUGCCCUUCAGCCAGAAAUGGCUAUAUACCCAGAACUGCCCCUCAGUCCGGAGCUGUCUCUCUGUCCGGAGCUGCCUUUCAGUCCGGAGUUGCCCCUCUAUUAUGAUCUCCCUCUCUAUUUUGAUCUACCUCUUUAUUCUUAUCUAUCCCUCUGUCUUGAUUUAUUCCUCUGUCCCGGUGCUGUCCCUGUCAUGGAUGUUACAAAGAGGAUUUUGUGGGAUAUGGGUGGACAUUUUUAGGGGUAGAUGGAGGUUGGGAUUGACUAUGGUGGGGUGGGGACCUCGCCCGGAGCCUGAGCCACCACCGUGGUUAGAUGCCCACCCAGACCCUCCCCUAGACUUUGUGCUGGUGCGCCUGGAGUUCGCACCUUAUGGGGGGGGUUAUGUCACGUUCCUGACCUAUUUAUGUUAGUUUGUUAUGUGUGUUAGUUGGUCAGGACGUGAGGUUGGGUGGGCAUUCUAUGUUUUCUGUUUCUGUGUUGGUUUUGGGUUGCCUGGUAUGGCUCUUAAUUAGAGGCAGGUGUUUGGCGUUCCUCUAAUUAAGAGUCAUAUUUAGGUAGGCGUUGUCACAGUGUUCGUUGUGGGUGAUUGUCUUCCGUGUCUGUGUAAUUGUUUGCACCAUACGGGACUGUUACGGUUUGUUCGGUUUGUGUAGUCUAAUUGUCCUAUUCGUGCGUUCUUCUUGUUUUGAUGUAAGUUCGUCGUAUAGGUCUGUCUACACCGUUUUGUUGUUUUGUUAGUUUAUACAAGUUCGUGUCUAUGUUAAACGUUUGUAGCCUGUGUGUGCACAUCGUUUAUUUAGGUUCACGAUCGUUUUCUUAUUUUGUUAAAUAAAUAUGUGUUCAAACUUC